AUGACCGCGUCCUCGCACUAUUCGGGUCGGAGCCCGUUGAUGAGCCCCUUCUGCAGCGGCUGGAGGAGACACGCAACGGACGGGAGGAGCACGCGCAGGCAACAAGCACCGCACAAGGGGAGGCGGGACAGAUGGCAUUGCACCAUUUUUUCCGCCGCGGCAUUGUCUUCUCCCACAGGGAU